AUGAAGCCGACUGGCCCCAGCAGCGACGCGUCGACGGAAGGAAACGGCAGCCCGCGAGGAAAAGCGGCAGCCUCACAGAUUCCCUAUCGCGACUUCCGGCUCCCGAGCACUUGUUGGCGGGGGUCCGCCAUGUGCGGGGCAAGAGAAGUGGAAAGGCAAAAGCAGCCUUCACUUCAGACGGGCCGUGUGGUCGCAGCGCGUUCUCCGAGAUUGGCCGAGGCUUCCAAGCACGCGGUUAUUUUGUUGGGAGGCGCGGAGCUUUGUUCGUUGAACUCUUGCCGCCUCGUAGGCAGAAGUUCGGCACGAAGGGCACUCCUCCGUCAGUGA